AUGUGGGGUGCAGGGGUCAGGGGUGUGAGUUGCCUGCUGGACAAGGACACCUUCCUGGAAAACUUCCACCUUGAGUGGUGGCCAAAUAAGGCCUACCUCUGCUACGAGACGGAGCUCCCCAGCGGUGACCCCGGGGUCCCUCUGGGCCAACACAAGGACGUCCUGUGCAAUAAGCCGGACUGCCACGCGGAGUUGCGCCGGCUGCUGCGGAUCCAGGCCUGGGAGCUGGUUUCUGUUGUGGAGAACAGACACGUGACCCCACACCCCUUGGCCUCCCGCCUCUAUACCGAGGAAGGAUUUCAGAAUGGGUUGCGCCUCCUGCGGGGGGCCGGGGCCCGCAUCACCAUCAUGACCUCCACCGGUCCCUGUGGAGCUCCCGGGGUGGGCGGUGGGCAGGGAGAGGCCUGGGGGGACUGGCUACGAAGGGCAAAGCCUGUCCCUGAGAGUCAGACACCCUGUGGCCACCCCUGUGGCCCAGCUCUCCUCCCGCCCCGCCCUGCCCCACUGCAAAGUUUGAGCACUGCUGGGAACCCUUCGUGGACAACCAGGGAAGAGCCUUCGAGCCCCGGGACACGCUGGUCUCCCAGAGUCAGGACCUCGCUGAGACGCUGCAGGUCACAGGGGUCUAGAGACCAAAACCCUCCUCCUACAAGCCAUCCUGUCAGCAGCACUGACUGGAAGGGACAGCCACGCUCUGCAAGAGAAGAGGAAGGAGUCUGCUGGAAAGGAACCUCCCCUCUGAGGUCAGGGCACGCGGUGCACAGACAAGGGACUGGACGCGCAGGGGACUGGGACCGGCACCCAGGCGGGAUCCCCCCACCGCCGCCGGGCUCAGUGUGGCCCUCGUGCCGGCUCCGUGGAAUCCAGAGCCCGCUGAGUGGAGCCCCGGCUGCUGGUGGGCGUGCACGAGGCCUUCCCGAAGGACAGCAAGAGACCCGGGUCUGGGUGAAACCAGCGAGCAGAAGCCCCCAGGAGCCCUGGCUUCCAGAAUCCGGCAGCUGGCUGGCGUCUGGGCUGCAGGAGGCGCAGGGCCACAGUGAGCAUGUCUGUGGGACUCAGCUCGUGCGCGGGUGCCCAGCAAGCACGCGCUGACGCAUAUGCCCUUCGAACGUCUCCAUUCUUCCAUCUUGACGGCUCUCCCCUACCUUUUAAGUUGACGUUUGACUUCUCUACUGUGCCUGAGUGUUUGUGAGCCUCAGAACUCCGGGUGGGGUCCCAGGGCCCCCAGCCGUGCUCCCCUCACUCAGCAGGGCGCGGGGGACAGGGGGGGCCGGGACCAGGGCUGUCCCCCGUGUGUAUUCCCAUGUCACCGGCUCUCCUAACACCCACGGCUGCGGCGGGAUUUUUAAUGACCGUUUUCCUCAAUGUAAUUAAGUAGAAUUUCAUGUACAAUAUUAAAAUAAAAUGGAGAAGUUAAA